UCUCUUAUGGUAGCGAGAGAAGGGAGGGAAAGAGAAUUUGCUUGACUGAGGGAACCAGAGCUCUGCUGACCUAACUGGACUUGUCCAUAUUUCUCUCUGCUUUUUUUAAAUUUUAUUUCCUUUUUCUUUUUUUUCUUUUUUCUGGCUAACCCACAUGUGCCCCUAUAGAAUUUUACCAUGCAGCUCUGGGAUCAAAUAGACUGAAUUAGCAAAGUUGAACUCAUCCUGGGAUUUCUGCUCCUGGAUUGGGAGGAGUUCUUCUGCAUGUUUGGAGGAUAGAGGGCUGGAAUGGAAUUCCCAUCUACUUUGCAUCCUUUGGUGUUUUUUCCUCCUGCCUUCGUCUUCUCUCUUACACUUUUACUGCAGACAUCCAGUGUUGUGCAGACAAAGGCAGCUUGCUGCUGUGCCUUUUUUUUGUUCAUGGAGAAUAAGGGUGGACAGGGAGGUCCUCAUCUCUUUUAAUUCAUCUAGUUUUGCGAAAGGAAGAUGCCAGUCUGAGAAAUUACCUGCAGAUUUGCUUUUUUUUUUUUUUUACCUCAUCAGAGUGUAAACUUGGACUUUUGGAUUACUGCUAUUUUCAGAUUUGCCACAGAUCUUCUUCGUAGAAAGUGCUACCUGUAGCACUGAAUUUACCUUAUCUUUGACAUUUUUCUCAACCAUACUCACAUCUAAUCCACAUUGCUUCUGGUGGAGGCCGUGGUGGUGAAGCCGGGGUAGGCAUGGCGCAGCAGGGAGGCACAGGGGUGGCCCACCAGGACACCCUGGCAGUGCCCCCUAUGCCCAAACACUCCGGCCUGAAUGAAGACCUGGUGAAGAUCCUACGGGAGAAUCUGCUGCAACCAGAGAGGCCGCGGGGACACCGGCGCUCACCGUCCUCCAUCUCCCCGCGCCUCUCUCCCCGCAACUCGCCAAGACUGCUGCGACGCAUGUUGCUCAACAACAACAUUCACAAGCAGAGGCGCUUCACUGUCGCACAUACAUGUUUUGAUGUGGACAAUGGCACAGCAUCAGGUCGAAGCCCCCUGGACCCGAUGGCCAGCCCAGGAUCAGGCCUCAUCCUGCAGGCCAACUUUGUCCACAGCCAGCGUAGAGAGUCCUUUCUCUACCGCUCUGACAGUGACUAUGACCUCUCACCUAAGUCCAUGUCCCGAAACUCCUCCAUUGCCAGUGACAUUCAUGGUGACGAUAUGAUUGUAACGCCAUUUGCACAGGUUCUUGCAAGCUUGAGAACUGUACGAAACAACUUUGGUGCAUUGACUAAUCUACAACAAGACAGAGCAUCUAAUAAGAGAUCACCCAUGUGUAACCCACCCCCCAUCACUAAGACCACCUUUACAGAGGAGGCCUAUCAGAAAUUGGCCACCGAGACCCUGGAGGAGCUGGACUGGUGCCUGGACCAGCUGGAGACGCUGCAGACAAGACACUCUGUCAGCGAGAUGGCCUCAAACAAGUUUAAGAGGAUGUUGAAUAGGGAGCUGACUCACCUAUCCGAGAUGAGCCGCUCUGGGAACCAAGUGUCUGAGUUCAUCUCCAGCACGUUCCUUGACAAGCAACAUGAGGUGGAGAUGCCGUCCCCACAGACGCAGAAGGAGAAGGAGAAGAAGAACAAGCCCAUGUCUCAGAUCAGCGGAGUGAAAAAGCUGCAACACUCCUCCAGCCUCACAAACUCCAACAUCCCUCGUUUCGGCGUCAAGACGGAGACUGAGGAUGAGCUGGCAAAGGAGCUGGAGCAUGUGAAUAAAUGGGGCCUUAAUGUUUUUAAAAUCUCAGAAUUCUCUGGGAAUCGACCACUGACAGUCAUGAUGUACACAAUAUUUCAAGAGAGAGACUUGUUAAAAACCUUCAAAAUUCCACUCGACACCUUUAUAACAUACCUGAUGACCUUAGAAGACCAUUAUCAUGCCGAUGUGGCCUACCAUAACAACAUCCAUGCUGCUGACGUCACCCAGUCAACUCACGUGCUGCUAUCCACCCCUGCCCUUGAGGCUGUGUUCACAGACCUUGAGAUCCUUGCUGCCAUCUUUGCCAGUGCAAUUCAUGAUGUGGACCAUCCUGGAGUCUCAAAUCAGUUUCUCAUCAACACAAAUUCAGAGUUAGCCCUGAUGUACAACGACUCAUCCGUGUUGGAGAACCACCACUUAGCAGUUGGUUUCAAGCUACUGCAAGAGGAGAACUGUGACAUCUUCCAAAACUUGACCAAAAAACAGCGACAAUCACUGCGAAAGAUGGUUAUUGACAUCGUGCUAGCAACAGACAUGUCCAAACACAUGAAUCUGCUGGCUGACCUGAAGACCAUGGUAGAAACGAAGAAAGUGACCAGCUCUGGUGUGUUGCUGCUGGACAAUUACUCAGACAGGAUACAGGUUCUGCAGAACAUGGUCCACUGUGCAGAUCUGAGCAACCCCACCAAGCCUCUUCAGCUAUACCGACAGUGGACGGACCGCAUCAUGGAGGAGUUCUUCAGCCAAGGGGACAGAGAAAGGGAAAGGGGAAUGGAGAUCAGCCCCAUGUGUGAUAAACACAAUGCCUCAGUAGAAAAGAGCCAGGUUGGGUUCAUAGACUAUAUAGUCCACCCCUUGUGGGAGACGUGGGCUGACCUUGUCCAUCCAGACGCUCAAGACAUCCUGGACACGUUGGAGGACAACAGAGAGUGGUACCAAAGCACUAUACCCCAAAGUCCUUCUCCAGCUUUAGAUGAGCCGGAGGACGGCACUCGACCACCUGGAGCGGACAAGUUUCAGUUUGAGCUGACCCUAGAGGAGGACGGGGAGUCCGACACUGAAAAGGACAGUGGCAGCCAGCCAGAGGAGGACGACGACGACGAUGAAGAGGAGGAGGAGGAGGAGAACAGCUGUACUGACUCAAAAACACUCUGCACACAGGACUCUGAAUCGACAGAGAUACCUUUGGACGAACAGGUGGGGGAGGACGAUGACGAUGAGGAAGGGGAUGUGGAAGAGGAGGGGGACACACCUUGCUCAGAGCUGCGUGUGGCAGAUGAAGAGGCGGCAGACGAGGAAGAGGAGGAGAAAUCUCCUGACACAUAGCAGUUAUGGACAGCCUUUCAAUAACUGCUCCUCUUAGUAAUGACAGAUUAUUAUUUAUAGAAUAUUUUUUUGAGUUUUGUAAAAGCCGUUUUUUAUACGUCUGUGUUUCCAAAGCGUGCGCUGCUCCACACCCCGAGUUCCUCUCCUUGUCAGCUUUAUUUAGACACGCCCAUUGGUACUUCAAGUUUUUUUGCACUCAGGAAAAUCUCCCUUUCAUUCCCAUGUGUACUGAAGUGGUGUGUCUUUACUUCACCUCCCUUUUACAGUCUUGAGUUAAAGAUGCGGAUAGCGCGCUCAGUGCUGCUCAUACAUCGCAUCUAUUUCUGUCUUUUUGCUUUUGUCUCAGCCUGGCCUGAAAGUUUGCCUGUGUCUUUAGGAUUUAUGAAGUGCCAAUAACUCCAAAGAGUCAGUUAUUGGUGACGCUCCUUCUUUUUUUGGUGUAUCUUUCUGGUGGGUUAGCUCAUGUUCUCCCCUCUUCCAUGAUGAAUUAGAAAGCAUGUUUUGCUGAAAACCGGACUGGUUGCUGCAGCACAUUCGGGAGCUUUUUUAAACCACAUCUACGAUGUGGAAGUCUUCCUUCAUAACCUGACUUAGCUUAAAUCUAAACCGCCAUGACACUGUCCUAAACCUCUAGUUUCUAUUGGUAUUGUAAGUAAGAUUCAAAUAUUUUCUAGAAUUAAAUUUGCAAACAGAGAAGUAGGGGAACCUUGUAGAGAAGUCGAGGGAGAAAUGUGUCUGAUGCUGAGCUUUUUGAUGGCUGUUAGGGCUGUUUGCACUUUCUCCUAUAGCAUUUAUUUCCCUAAACCACUAUACUUGUAGUCAGUUGGUUAUGUCUUAAAAACCAUGUUUUCUUUCUAGCUACUAUUAUUACAGACAACAUUUUCUCCUAGAAGAAAGCAGAAACCUGAGGUCUUAUGCUUUGCUUCUCUUGGGAAUAGUUUAUAACCUGGAGGAAGCCCUUAAAUGUUUUUUUAUUAUUGUUGCCUGUAGUUCUUUUGAACACAUCCUGAGACAAUGCAAUGCUUUGUAGUUAAUACAAAACGCACCUUUUCUAAAGGUUUGAAUAUUGCUCCAAGUGUUUAAAAAAAGUGAUGGUGAUUAAAAUGAGUAGGGUAAUUUUUUAACAAUGUUAGGAGAGCUUAGUUUUAUUUUCUUAGCUGUUUGGUUUGGUUUAUACGUCUGCAGCUGCUGUUUAACUUUCUGUGAUUCAUUUACCAUCUGAUUCUUGCAAUUGACUCUAGUUUACUGUCUUCGUUUUCAGCAGGACAAUCAGCUCCAUCGUAUAGUUAGAAUAAAGUUCUAUUCUCUACAUUUAUACAGGUGCAUCUCAGUAGAUAUCUGUAAUAAUAAACGUUAAUUCAUUCAGCAAUUCAAGUCAAAAACUCUGUUCAAAAAUUUAAUCAGAGUAAUAUAUUGUUUUACAUAUUUAUUUCACCUAAUUUUGUUGGUUAUGGCUUUUAGCAGAACACCCAAAAAAAGCUACUCAAACAAUCAGCAUUUAAUAGAAUCUGGAUUAAUGCUACA